CCAAGAGCACGAGAAGGUAUUGGAUUGAGAACCGCUCGUAUAUCGCCAACCAUGCACUCCUUGAAAAAAAGUCAAGAUGUUUACCAUGCACAUAGUAUGAUGGGUAACUCAGAAUCACUACGAUUUCCAUACGAGAAUUCGUAUGACACUUACGUAUUAGGUAACGACAAACCAGUUGUGCCACAUCCACCAUCAAAGGACAAAAAGAAGUCACUGCGAAGAACACAGAGUAAUCCUGAAGGUGAUUUAGCAGAACACGGCGAGAGAUCACAAAUGAAUCAUCUUCCAGCAUUAAAGGAUAAGAAAGCCACUUUGAGAAGGGGAAAAACAACAGGAGAACAAGCAACAAUGGCAAUGACAAGCAUUAGACCUAAUGAAAUGAGCGCCUUGGCGGCAAAAAUGCAUAGAAUACCUGAAAGGUUAGCUGAAUCAACUGAUAAUGCUUGCAGGAAUCCAUUGGAUACUAAAAAUACUCACAAGAAAUUAGAGCGCUCAAAGACAACACCGGUAAGUUUCUUAAAACCCGUACUAAAAACAAGCCCUAUAGUUACGAGAAGACGUGUACAAUUAUCAACCAUGAGUCCAAGAGGAUACUCGAUGGACGACCAACACAACGGCUCAUGUAGAACACAUAACACUACAAUUGUCAGAUCUAGAAACCUUUCUGAAAACGAAGGACGUAUUUACGGAACUGCUGACAUGGAAUCACAUGGAUUAUUCAAAGAAUUAGAGAAGACCUACGGAUCUCCUCCGAUGACUCAAAUGAAUAGAGCUUUGCUGAACGGCAAGAGGUUUGGAGCAGGACAAAUAGAGGACAAAUGUAGAGAACAACAACAAACUACUACUUCUCCAUCCGCCAAGAUACGCUCUAAUUACGAAUUAAAAGAGAAAAGAGUGGAAUCGCCAGGGAGGUUUACAAGGACAGGGCAGUUGACUGCAGGCUUACAGUUUAUGGAUGACAAUGAGGAGCACGCUCCACUGAGUUACGAUUCACAAGAGAAAAACCUUGAAGGUUCACCAGAAUUGACGUAUUUAAGGUUUACUAAAGAAAGACAAGAAGAUAAUCGAAUAUAAAUAUUCCUUGCUUGCAUAUCAUGUGUGCUUUUACGAAGAUCGCUUGUCAACUAGUCACUGAGACGGCGCUAGAAAGCCAUUCGCACUCACUGCUUUGUUAAUGAAAACUGGGGAAAUUCGUGGAAAGUCUUUUUUCAUUAUCAUUUUCAAAAAAAGCCAAGAAAUCUUUAUUGAUUUGAUGUAAUUUGAACAGUUCUUUUCUUGCCGUAAGAUGAACUAUCACCAGAAGCCGCGGAAAAAUCCUCGAAUAUAAAUUUGAUUUACGAGUCGGGGAAUGUUCAUUUAACGAUCUUUACCACAGGAUGUAAAAAGUAUAUUCAAUUUUCACUUGACGUAAAUUGGAUUUUCCAUUUGAAAAUCUCGACAAUUUUCUUGCUCAUGCAAUCAAGGCAACAAAUAUUUCUAGAGUUGACUAGUGCAACAUUCAAUUCGUCAAGGCAGUUAUCGAUGGAAAAAACUAGAAGAAAAAACACCUACUUUGAUGUUCAAUUUAGGAUUUGCAAUUAUAAUAAAGCGUUAGAUGUCAGUAUGAUAAAUAUGUAAGGAAAUKAAUCGCGGUGUUUGAAAGAGCAUUUGAACCCAUUUAAAUCAUUCACUGUUUUAGUAAACUGUGCCAGAAAACAAAGAACAGUCUUUUCACAUCGGCGGGUAAUUGUCGCAUGGUUCUUAUCUUUCUGUUUUUUCCAAGAGUAAUAAACCAUAACCAUCACAGGAAAAAGAGCUCUUAAUAAUGUCCACUUUACUUUGUUUAAUUUUUGCAUCCACAAU